AACUAAACUUAGAAAGGAAGAAACUUACCUUAAUAUUAUAUCCAAAUCCUAGCUGGCUGGCUGGCUAGUACACAUAUACUAUGCUAGGAUCUUUUUAUCAUCAGAUCAUAUCAUUCACUCACUCUGAUCUGACAUUAUUAAUUUCUUACUGAAACUGUAGUAUCUAACAUGCAUAUGGCCAUUCUCCAAGCCCAAGCCCAAGCCCUCCUCCUCUUUCUAAUUUCUUCCCUGUUAAUACAUGCAAUGGCAGGUGAUUGUCAAUCAUCCAGUUGCAGUGAAGGUGGAGUAUCAGUUCGGUUCCCUUUCGGUUUAGAAAAUGAGCAGUCUUUCAUGAGCUGUGCCUACAAUCCUUUGUUCAGUUUGAAAUGCAGCACUAGUAAUUCUAAUUCUAGUAGCAGUAGCCAACAACGCUCACCUGUGCCUGUGGUUUUCAAUCUCCCUUGCUCGGGCGAUUUUUUUGUGCGUAAGAUAAACUACCUGAAGCAAGAAAUACAACUCUAUGAUCCAUCCAACUGCCUCCCCAAAAGAUUCUUGAAAUUAGACCUCUCAUUUUCUCCAUUUAAGGCUCUGAAUUACAGCAACUACACAUUCCUCAGGUGCCCAAAACACGUUGUGAAACAGCCUUCCUCCUCUGUGAUUGACUGCCUCAGCAACUCCACGGUUUCUGUACUGGCAACUUCUUCUAUGAGUGUAGUGAGAGCGAUGAAUAUGUGUGAACCAUUCGCUGCUAAUUUAAGCGUUCCGGUUUCACAGUCUGAACACUGGUUUUCCUCUCAUUCUGAUUUUAGACUGAGAUGGAGUGCUCCAGAUUGCAGAUGGUGUGAAGCACAAGGUGGUGUAUGUGCAUUUGCUCCGUUUGCAGAUUAUACAAUCCAAGAUCUGGGUUGCAGUUUCGACAACGCUACUACUCCAUCUGGCACCAAGUCAUUCAUGAAAAAGGGUACAAGGAUUUUGUGGAUAAUUGGAGUGUGCAUAAUUCUCCCGGGCGUAGCAUUCAUGUCUUGCAUGUGGUGUUUGAAGAUAAGCGGCGACUAUAUAAGCAGAAAUUGGCGCAGGCUAUACUAUAGGAAUAGGAGGUCUAGAAGUAGAGGAGGAGGAGGGUCCGAGAUGGCAACAACUACUGUGCCAAGACCAUUGUUUACAGCAGAAGCAAGGGCGAGGAGGAAUCGUUGUGCCAUUUGCCUACAAGAUUACCAGCAGACGGUACAGGGGCACAGCUGGCUAAUGAAUUCUAGAUGUCCAGCUUGUUAUUGGGAUUCCUCCCCAGAGAUGGAGAUGGAGACUGGCUGGACUUCUCCAAUACCACAGCCCACAAUGAGUAGCAGCAGCAGCAGCAGCUUGAGGAAUUCCAUGGCUCCUACUAGCACUAGCACUAGCACUACUCAUCAGACACUACUGUACACACCUAAGGUGUUUGAAGAUAGUGAAAGGCUUCCAAGGCCAGGCGAGAUUAGUUGUGCCAUUUGCCGAGACAAGUAUGUGGCUCAAGAGAGACUAGGACUGGUGAAUGGGUGUCAACACUCUUUCCAUGCUCACUGCCUUCAAAGUUGGUUGGAUACCAGUCCUACAUGCCCACUUUGUAGGAUUUCACUUUCUUCCAUUCCUACCUCAUUUUAAUUUCUUCCCAAAUUCACAUAUUAUAUUUCCACUUCAGUUUUGUAAUCUUGAAUACCAGACAGAGUAUGUAUGUAGUUAUUAUUAUUAUUAUUAUUAUUCAGA